AUGCUUUCCCAAACAAUACUGACCUUAUUCUUGGGCCUCGCCUACCUCAGCCAACAGGUGGAAAGUGUCGGCUUUGCUGAGGAACUGUAUUGUGGUCUCGAAAACUGCUAUGACGUGUUGGAAAUCGACCGCGGUGAGUUUGACAAGCAGAAAUUAUCGAAGCUCUACCGCACGGCCGCCAAGAAGCACCACCCGGAUCGCGUGAGAACCAGUGAUCCAGAGGUGAAAGCAGAGGCCGAGAAGAAGUUCCGACUGAUCGCCACAGCCUACGAGACCCUAAAGGACGAUGAAGUGCGCGAAGAAUAUAACUACUACCUGGAUCACCCCGAAGAGCGCUUCUACAACUACUACCAGUAUUAUCGACGACGUGCCGCUCCAAAGGUUGAUCUACGUUUGGUGAUCCUUGGCACGAUCGCGGCCAUUUCCGUCUUCCAAUACUGGUCAGCCAAAAGCAAAUACGCCGAAGCGCUCUCCUACGCGCUGACGGUCGGCAAAUUCCGGAACCAGGCAAUUGCCGAAGGAGUGCAGCGGGGCAAGAAAGUCGCAUCAACACCAAAGUUCCCUUUCAGAGGUGGCUACAAGAGGGAAUCUAUCUACGACACCCUAAUCUGGCAGUGCAUCGUUCUGCCGCUGAACACCUACCACUACAUCAUCUGGUAUAUCAAGUGGACGAUGAAAUAUACCGUCCGACGUGAGGAAUACGAUGAAGAGGCCAAGCUAUAUCUAAUCAGAAAGCACAUGGGCAUGGGCGAAAAUCAAUUCAAUUGCUUAUCUGAUGCGGAACACUACGAGUUUCUGGACGAGGAAUUAUGGGUCAAAGCAAACUACGACGAAUGGAAAAAGCUCAAGGACCAAGAAGAGCGCGAGAAAUUGGCGAAGAGCGGGAAGUACAAACGCUACAAGCGGUGGCUAAAGAACAACGAAGGCAGCACGAUUUCUUUCCUAGACGAGGAAGAC